AUGUUCCGUCUUUGUGGGAAAGUUGCGAAGGUGCAAAGGGCUAAAAAGACAAAAACCAGAGAGGGUCACAGCGAAGAUCUAGGGGUUAAGAAAAACCCUAGAUGUUACCCGGUGUUAGAAAAUUGGCUUUUUCAGGAUAUUUGUGGAUCUCGUCCCUCUCCGCAAGUGCAGCUGAAUAACGAAGAAAAUAAAGAAAAUGAGAAGCAGGGUUAUCUGGAUAGUUCCCAAAAGACGUCGCCACAUGGCUUCUCCAACCAUGAUCGAUAUUUCCAUGACUGGAGAUCAAACGAAGAUGUUUGGCAAUUAUUGACCAACACAGCCUUCGUGUCGGAGUUAAUUUCACGUUGA